AUGUCCGGUGAAUCGCGACAAGCUGCCUCCGACUUGCGAGUCAGGAAGGCACCGAACCGCCAGUCGCGCUCCUGCAAAGUCUGCCGGCUCCGCAAAGUCAAGUGUGAUCGAGUAAAGCCGUGCCACGCGUGCUGCGCCCAUGGCUACCCGUCAAAAUGCGUCUAUGAAACCGCGCCCGACGAGGACGCCCGGCCGAUCAGCCAAGCUGAAGAAAUUAAGAAUCUUCGCGCGGAAAUCCGAGACCUUCGGGCCCGAAUAGAUGAAAAACAAGAGGGGUUUCGGGGCCAAGAUCUUCAGCGGCUGGACCAGCUGGAGAGCUUAUUUGAGUCUAUUCGCUCAGCCCCGCUUUCUGUUGUCGAUUCACUGGUGCGCGAUAUUCGAGAGGCGCAUGGUGGGCUGAAGAAGGAAUUGACAACUGUAGGGCCGUGGGAAGGCAGAGAAGCUUAUGAAGGUCUUGAUUACUCACGUAGCUCUCCCGUGUCGAUUGUGCCAAUCUGGAAGAGGCUGCGCGAUAGCAGUCCGGAUCAUGAUUUCAAUGACCAAGUAGUUAAGCACAAAGACGAGGAUGACGAGUUCGGUGAUAUUAUGUCGGAGGACAGCGCAUCUGACGGAUCUUCUUCGUCUGGCACUAUUUCCGUCAUGAACAUGCAGCGACCCGUUGUAGAUGUCUUUGUGGAGCGCUUCGUGGACGCGUUUGCCCCCGAGGUUGACGUCAAGUCUGGCCGCGCUGGUGCGCUUCGAGCAGCUGCAGGUAUUCGCAUGUUCUCACCUCUCAUCUCGGACGCUUUCGAGGCUGUCUCGGUAGCCUUCUUUGGUAGGUCCGUCCAGAACAAGCAGAUCGAGGCGUCGGGCUUCCGAUUGUAUCCACGUGUGCUGCGGGGGCUGCAGGAUGCAUUGGUGGACCCCGAGAAAUGCAAAGCCGAGUCCACUUUAGUCACUGUGAUCCUUUUGCUUGCCUUUGAGAGCGUGGAAAGAACGACGCAAAAAGGUGUCUCGGCUCAUGUUCGAGGUGCUGUGCGCUUGAUUGAGCAUCGAGGCCCGGAAAACCAUAUGUACGGUGUUGAGCAUCUUCUUUUCACCGAGUUACGGCCAUAUUGGUUAGAUCGGCGGCGCUUUGGCUGCUCGUCAACCUUCUUUUUGGCCCGUGAGGAAUGGAAAACUAUUCCUUGGUCCGCCAAUACGACCACCAAGGACAUUCUACACCAUCUUCUUGACAUUGCUACAGAUAUUCCAGGUCUGUUGGCCCAGUCUGAUUCAUUUGCAGAGGCUCAAAAAGCCUCCGUGAUGGGUGCCCAAGAAAUGGCCGUCAAGCAGGCGGCACUUUGGAACGGCAUCGCUGCGCUUACUGGGCAGUUCGAGGAGUGGCAUCAUGACUGGGUUGAGUGCUACCCUGAUGGAUCCAUAGAGGAAGUUGAACAGACGAAAGAUCAGGACUUUCCGAUCUUUAAACGGCGCGACCUGCGCACGGGCACGAUAUUCGUACCAACCAAAUUCUCCUACCCCAAUCUUCUUCUGGCGCAGACCAUGUGUGUGUACUAUGCGUUUCGACUGAUUCUCUCCUCGAUUGACAAACGCCCGGAGGGCCGAGUCACUCCUAUGGAACAAUAUGAUUUCGGAUGUGGGAUCUGUCGGACCUUGGAAUGGUAUAUCCAAACUGCUCCAGGCAAUAUGAUCAAUCGUCUCGCGUUUCCCACGCGGGUGGCCUGGGAAGCUUUCCCAGAUGGCGGGCCCGAGCGCGCUUUCAUGAUCGAAGUACUGCAACUAGUAGAGCGACGCCAUUCCCUGGGACUUUGGGGUAGCGCUAUGCCAGAGCUCUCUGUUCGAGAAAACUCGCCGCUCAAUGAUUGA